CGCCGGGUUCCGUCCUUCGCGCCUGGCAGCCGUGGGCACAGCAUCCCUGGCUGGGGGCGCAGGCAGCUCCCUCCUCUCCUCUCCUCUCUGUCUGCCUCACUCUUGACCUCUCUCUCGACCUCUCUCUCGACCUCUCUUUCUGUCGCUCUCGCUCUCCCCCCAUCCCUCCCUCCCUCUGCCUGCCAGGGACCCCCUGGAGAGUCUGGAUCACUCAGGCUGAGACGCCGAAGCCGCCAAGAUGGGGUACGGUCGCUCAGAUAGCUAUCGCGUGGCAACCACGCAAGACAAACACGAUGAGAACUCUUCGCCAAAGGAGAGCAAAGCGCAGCAGAAGGUCCGAGAUCUGGAUGAUCUUAAGAAGGAGGUGGCGAUGACUGAGCAUAAAAUGUCCAUUGAAGAGGUGUGCCGAAAAUACAACACAGACUGCGUGCAGGGCCUGACCCACAGCAAAGCCCAAGAGAUCCUGGCCCGAGAUGGUCCCAACGCACUCACCCCGCCACCUACCACUCCCGAAUGGGUCAAGUUUUGCCGCCAGCUCUUUGGGGGUUUCUCCAUCCUCUUGUGGAUCGGUGCCAUCCUCUGCUUCUUGGCCUACGGCAUCCAGGCAGGGACGGAGGACGACCCAGCCGGGGACAAUCUGUACCUUGGUAUUGUCUUGGCUGCUGUUGUCAUCAUCACUGGCUGUUUCUCCUACUACCAAGAAGCUAAAAGCUCUAAGAUCAUGGAAUCCUUCAAGAACAUGGUGCCCCAGCAAGCCCUGGUCAUCCGGGAAGGCGAGAAGAUGCAGCUCAAUGCUGAAGAUGUGGUGGUUGGUGAUCUGGUAGAGGUGAAAGGAGGAGACAGAGUCCCAGCUGAUCUAAGGAUCAUCUCAGCCCAUGGCUGCAAGGUGGAUAAUUCAUCCUUGACUGGUGAAUCAGAGCCACAGACCCGAUCUCCAGAUUGUACCCAUGACAACCCUCUGGAGACAAGGAACAUCACCUUCUUCUCUACCAACUGCGUAGAAGGUACAGCCCGUGGGGUCGUCAUUGCCACCGGUGACCGCACUGUGAUGGGUCGAAUUGCCACACUUGCCUCAGGCCUGGAGGUUGGCAAGACCCCCAUUGCCGUGGAGAUAGAGCACUUCAUCCAGCUGAUCACGGGCGUGGCUGUCUUCCUGGGGGUGUCCUUCUUCGUCCUCUCCCUGAUUCUGGGCUACAGCUGGCUGGAAGCUGUCAUCUUCCUUAUUGGUAUCAUUGUGGCCAAUGUUCCUGAGGGGCUCCUGGCUACUGUCACAGUGUGUCUGACGUUGACGGCCAAGCGCAUGGCUCGCAAAAACUGCUUGGUGAAGAACUUGGAGGCUGUAGAGACUCUGGGCUCCACUUCCACCAUCUGCUCGGACAAGACGGGGACCCUGACUCAGAACCGUAUGACCGUUGCCCACAUGUGGUUUGACAACCAGAUCCAUGAGGCUGAUACCACUGAGGACCAGUCUGGCACGGCCUUCGACAAGAGUUCUCCCACUUGGGUGGCCCUAUCCCUCAUUGCAGGGCUUUGCAACCGAGCUGUCUUCAAGGGAGGUCAGGAAAAUGUGCCCAUCCUCAAGCGUGACGUGGCAGGAGACGCUUCUGAGUCAGCCCUGCUGAAGUGCAUCGAGCUCUCUUCUGGAUCCGUCAAGCUGAUGAGGGAGAAAAACAAAAAAGUGGCUGAGAUCCCCUUCAACUCCACCAACAAAUAUCAGCUCUCAAUUCAUGAGACAGAAGACCCCAAUGAUAACCGCUACCUGCUGGUGAUGAAGGGAGCACCUGAGCGCAUCCUGGACCGAUGCUCCACCAUCCUGCUUCAAGGCAAAGAACAGCCCCUUGAUGAGGAGUUGAAAGAAGCUUUCCAGAAUGCUUACCUGGAGCUGGGAGGUCUUGGUGAACGGGUGCUAGGCUUCUGCUACUACUACCUGCCUGAGGAACAGUACCCCAAAGGUUUUGCCUUUGACUGUGAUGAUGUCAACUUUUGCACUGACAAUCUCUGUUUUGUCGGGCUCAUGUCCAUGAUUGAUCCACCCCGUGCUGCUGUGCCCGAUGCUGUGGGCAAAUGCCGAAGCGCUGGCAUCAAGGUAAUCAUGGUAACCGGUGACCACCCCAUCACAGCCAAGGCCAUUGCAAAAGGUGUGGGAAUUAUCUCUGAGGGCAACGAGACAGUGGAAGACAUUGCCGCUCGACUGAACAUCCCCGUGAGCCAGGUCAACCCCAGGGAUGCCAAGGCCUGUGUGAUCCAUGGCACGGAUUUGAAAGACAUGAGCACAGACCAAAUUGAUGAGAUUCUGCAGAACCACACGGAGAUUGUCUUUGCCCGUACCUCCCCACAACAGAAGCUCAUCAUUGUGGAAGGUUGCCAGAGACAGGGUGCGAUUGUGGCAGUAACAGGUGAUGGCGUGAACGACUCUCCUGCCCUGAAAAAGGCAGACAUUGGGGUGGCGAUGGGCAUUGCUGGCUCUGACGUCUCCAAACAGGCUGCUGACAUGAUUCUCUUGGAUGACAACUUUGCCUCUAUUGUCACUGGAGUUGAAGAGGGACGUCUGAUCUUCGACAAUCUGAAGAAAUCCAUCGCUUACACCUUGACCAGCAACAUCCCCGAGAUCACCCCCUUCUUGCUGUUCAUCAUGGCCAACAUCCCUCUGCCCCUGGGGACCAUCACCAUCCUCUGCAUUGACUUGGGCACUGACAUGGUGCCAGCCAUCUCCUUGGCUUACGAAAUCGCUGAGAGUGACAUCAUGAAACGUCAGCCACGAAACCCCAGGACUGACAAGCUGGUGAACGAGCGGCUGAUCAGCAUGGCCUAUGGGCAGAUUGGUAUGAUUCAGGCCCUGGGUGGUUUCUUCUCCUACUUUGUGAUCUUGGCUGAGAAUGGGUUCCUUCCGUCUGGACUUGUUGGCAUCCGCCUUAACUGGGACGACCGGACAGUCAAUGAUCUGGAGGAUUCGUAUGGGCAGCAGUGGACCUAUGAGCAGCGCAAAGUGGUGGAAUUCACCUGCCACACGGCCUUCUUUGUCAGCAUCGUGGUGGUGCAGUGGGCUGACUUGAUCAUCUGCAAAACCAGAAGGAAUUCAGUUUUCCAGCAGGGCAUGAGAAACAAGAUCCUUAUUUUUGGUCUCUUUGAGGAGACUGCCUUGGCUGCCUUCCUGUCCUAUUGUCCCGGCAUGGAUGUGGCCCUGAGAAUGUACCCCCUGAAGCCCAGCUGGUGGUUCUGCGCCUUCCCCUACAGUUUCCUCAUUUUUGUGUAUGACGAAAUCCGUAAGCUCAUACUGCGCCGUAACCCAGGAGGAUGGGUGGAAAAAGAAACAUACUACUGAGUCUCUUCCUGUGUCCAUUGCUGGUUGUCUCCCCUGCAAGGGGGGUGCUCCCCCUCCACAAUUCUGCCUAUCCCCCUCCCCCUUAUGAGAGAGAGAGAGAGAGAGAGAGAGAGAGACUGCAAGGCCAGUAUCAUAAGCUUGGACACAGAAACAACAAAUAACACUCCUUCCACACCUUCAUUUCCCAAGCCUGGGCGCUGAGAUGGGAGCCCCAUCCUGUUUCAUCCUGCGUGCAUGCCCCAGGAUGGAGAGGGUGAGGAGAGGAGGGGAAGCCACCCUCAUCCCCCCGCAACCCCUGCUCUCUGCCAUAUUCUUCCUUUGUUUUUUGGAGCAGGCUGGGGGAAGGCGCACGUGCGUGAGAGAAAGUAGGUGAAAUGGGGCAAUAUUUAUUCAUUUCUGCAAAACAUGCCUCCCCCCCCAUCUCCCCAAUUUCAAAUUCCCUUCCAUAGCUGGGAUUGAACCCGGGGACCAGCAGCACCCCAAAACAACAUGCCUCGGAUAUGUGAGCCAAACGGGACAGGGUUGUGGGGGAGGGCGGGUUAGCAGUAGUAUGAUUUUUUGACCCCCCCCCCCGAUUUGGGGAGGUAAACCCCUUCUGCUUCCCUUCCUAACCAUUCCCUAUUUUCUCCCCCUCCCCACACCUCCUGUGGGGAAUGUGUGUGUGUGUAUACAUUUGUGUGUGAAUGUGUGCAAGAGAGGGGAACAGGCCAGCCAUGGGUUAGCCCCACUGCCCAGCUCAGUUUCCCUGGCCUUCCCCCUUCUAUCAGUUUUUUGAUAUGUGUGGGGUAGUGAGUGUUACAGCACAAAAGCAGGGGGGGGGAAUCCUUGAAGAACAAAAAAGCACCAGGGUAUCUCAUCCCCCUUUUCCCUGCCACCACCCACACCCUGCCCGCUUGACUCAAGACUCUUGCUAAAUGUGGAAAUGAAACCCAGGAGUUCAGGAUCACUCUCCUGUGCAUGUACAUAUUUCCUCUCCUAGGACCAAGACAGCCGCUUACUCCCCCCCUCCUAAGUGUGUGUGUAUGGGGGGCGGGGCGGUUGUUGCUACCCUUCUAUCCCAAGAGAACCCAUUGAAGGGAAGGUGGGGGAACACUCCUGGCAAGAUUCCCACUGGUGCUGAACACCACCCUCUUCCCAUGGUCAUCCAUUUUCCUGUGUCCCUGGCCCACCACCCAGGGCAAAAUGGAGAAGACCUCAGCCAUAACCCCUUCCCCAGGAGAAAAUGUGUCCUUCCUCACCUAUCCUGGGGAGGGAGGAAAGGGGUCUCUCCGGCAUCAAAAUGGGUGAGAUGAUUUCACCUCUUUGCCCUCCCACCAACCCCCACCCCACAUAAACCUUUGUUUUCUUUUGUUUGGGGCUGGGAGGGGCAGGGAGGGGGGACACAAACGGCCCAUGUUGCAGGGAGAUGUAUUCUGUCCUGUCCCAUCUCCCCUUCCCAUUUCGGGAUCGUGUUGUCGUGUGAACCAACAAAAACAAGGAAAAAACAACUGAUUUAACGAAUAAAAACCAGAAGUGGAAUAUUUAAUAUAUGAGAUAUAGCGGUCUCAUCACCUAUAUCUGUGCAUGUGUCUGUGAUUGUAUUAGUAGGGACGGUGUGCAGGGAAAGCCCGGCUAUCCAUUUCGCAGAAUGAGGUGGCUGAUUGAGGUGUUAACAUUCUGGGCUAUACCGAUUCCAAGUUGAGGUGGGAGAGAGUGUUGUAAAUUAGUGCACACCUUACUAAGGACAUGAACACACCGUAGAGAAAGGUUUAGAGUACUCCCCUCCCUGAUCUGCUAAUGGAUUACAGGUAAAAUAUUUUUUUUAAAAAAAACUGAAGCACUAAAAACAAAAGAAA